AUGGCUCACCCUCCCUCUGCCCCUCGCGCCCACUCUCAAGCCCCCUACCUCCCCAAUGGCGCUCCCCCUGUUGCAGGCCCCGUGCCCGGCGCACGCCCACUCGACCCAAACCAAGGCCGCGUGCAGCAGAUAGGUCACGCGAGAGUCUUGUGCAUAGCAGACGUGAGAGGCAAUCUUCGCCAGUUGAACGACCUGGCCCGCCUCGCAAAGGCCGACUACAUCAUCCACACCGGCGACUUUGGCUUCUACGAUGAGCACUCACUCGAACGUAUUGCUGAAAAAACCCUAAAGCACGUCGCUCAGUACUCGCCCCUCCUCCCCGACCACGUCAAGGCGGAAAUUGCCCGCAAUCACAACCAGCAUUCGGUGAAAGAGCGCUUUCAGCGAGAGCGUCUACCGCUCUCCGAACUCCCCCAGUUCCUGAACAAGACUUUCAAGCUUGACGUCCCCGUCUUCACCGUGUGGGGUGCAUGUGAAGACGUUGCCGUUUUGGAGAGACUGCGCUCGGGCGAGUACAAGAUCGACAACCUGCACGUCAUCGACGAAUCCCACUCACGCCUCCUCGAUGUGGGAGGGGUAAAGCUCAGACUGCUGGGCCUGGGCGGCGCGGUGGUCAUGCACAAGAUGUUCGACAACGGCGAAGGCCGCACUACCAUCGCUGGAGGGCAAGGCACAAUGUGGACAACCCUGCUACAACUUGGCGAGCUCAUAGACACGGCGAAUCGUGUCUACGAUCCCACCGAGACCCGCGUCCUCAUCACACACGCCUCCCCGGCCCGAGAAGGCGUGCUCAAUCAGCUCUCCGUCACCCUCAAGGCCGACUUCUCCAUCUCCGCCGGCCUUCAUUUCAGAUACGGCUCCUCCUACAACGAAUUCUCCGUCAAUCCGUCUCUGGAUCACUACCGUGGCAAGCUCUCCGCCUCCAAGGCCCAAUUCAACGAUGUGUGGGAGACGGUGAAGCAGGAAGUGGAGCCUGCCGUUGCGGAGAACGAUGCGCAGAAUAAGUUGCUCCAGCAGGCCCUCGAUCUCGUGUCCAAGAUGCCGGCCACUGCGAGUGGGGGCAACCCCUUUGGUGGUGGCCCGCCCCCGAACGGACAGGUGGACGAGUCGGCCUUCAAGAACAUGUGGAACUUCAACCUCGCGGAUGCCGCCUUUGGCUGGCUCGUUCUCGACAUCGACCAGGGGCGCAUAGGAACAGAGAUGAGGGCACAAGGCUUCAAUUUCUCCCAUCGUGGGGCCAAGACGCAGCAACAGCGAGCGCAGCCUCCCCUUCCCGCACAGACAGGUGGCAACCUUCCGACUCCUGCUCAGCAACUGCCACCCCAGCAGGUACCUCGAGCAGCACAAGCUGCACCUGCGGCUCAAACGGCUGCUAUCGCCUCCCCACCCCCGCAGUCGAGGGUACACCAGUCAGUGGCCCCGCAAACCAACAAACAGACCCCAGCUGGUCAGCCGGCUCCGAGCCCGAACACGUCUGCUCUGACGGCAAACGGUGUCACUGCAUCGCCCUCCACCUUGCCUCCGGCCACACACACGAACGGCACCGCGGGAGCCAACUCUGCGACGCCAAAGCCAACGGAUACCCCGAAACAGGGUGGAAUUCAGCAAUCUCCUGGUCCCCAGGAGCCAUCGAAGGGCAUCUUCAUCUCAAACACCUACAAUCUCAACACUGCCGAAGAAGUCAAGUCCCAGCUCUUUUCCGCAGAGGACGCAGAGAAGAUUACGAAUGUGGAGAAGAGCGCCAAGGGGCCCUGGAUUGCCUACUUCGCGACGCCCGAGAUCAUGCAGGAAGUGCUCAAGCGUAGUCCGUCGAAAGAGGCGCUAGAGAAGCACAAGAGCGUGAGAAUGGCAGUAUACCGCACCGGUGGCCGUGGUGGCUACGGAACAAGCACUUGGGGCUCCAGCCGAGGAUCGGGGGCUCCUCGCGGAGCAGCAGAUGCCGCACGUGGUGGGUAUCAGUCCGCGGGCGGCGCUGGCACCGGCAGCGACUCGGAGACCAACCGUGGCCGCGGACGUGGUGGUCGCGGUGGUUUCCGCGGCGAGCGAGGCGGCAGAGGCCGUGGACGCGGCGCUACCCCUGCGAAGACGGAGGGUACUGCACCGGCCACACCAUCGGCAACCACUCCCAGCGGUGGCGAUUCUUAG